CUUGAUACAAGUGAAUCGCCGGCUGGCGCUUCUCCCUCUUCUUCAGUUGUUCCCUUCAGUCAAAUCGUAGCGAUCUGGAAGUGGAUGCAUCUGCUCGCUGAGGGUCCUUUAGCCUCUGCUCUGCCCGGCUUGUAAACUCAAAAGAGUAGGGUCUCAAAAAACGGGUAGCAGAGGCGGGUUUUUAACCAAACUACACGCCGCUUCGGUAAGGAAACACAAAAAAAAAAAACAGCAAUGGACGAAAAGGCGUUCACGAAAGAUCUGGACCAGUGGAUUGAGCAGCUGAACGAAUGCAAACAGCUAUCCGAAGGACAAGUGAAGGCGCUAUGUGAAAAGGCAAAGGAGAUCCUGACCAAAGAGUCCAACGUCCAGGAGGUGAGAUGUCCAGUGACCGUGUGUGGCGACGUGCACGGCCAGUUCCACGACCUCAUGGAGCUGUUCAAGAUCGGUGGGAAAUCGCCGGACACAAACUACCUGUUCAUGGGGGACUAUGUGGACCGAGGGUACUACUCUGUAGAAACCGUCACAUUACUUGUAGCUCUUAAGGUUCGCUUCCGGGAGCGCAUCACGAUCCUCAGAGGGAACCACGAGAGCAGACAGAUCACACAAGUCUACGGCUUCUACGACGAGUGCUUAAGGAAAUACGGAAACGCAAACGUUUGGAAAUACUUCACAGACUUGUUCGAUUACCUCCCCCUCACUGCGCUGGUAGACUCUCAGAUUUUCUGCCUCCACGGGGGCUUAUCACCGUCUAUAGACACGCUGGAUCACAUCAGAGCUCUGGAUCGUUUACAGGAAGUGCCGCACGAGGGUCCCAUGUGCGACCUGCUGUGGUCAGACCCCGACGACCGCGGCGGCUGGGGCAUCUCUCCCCGAGGAGCUGGCUACACAUUUGGUCAGGACAUCUCUGAAACGUUCAACCACGCCAACCGCCUCACGCUGGUGUCCCGCGCCCAUCAGCUGGUCAUGGAGGGCUACAACUGGUGCCAUGAGAGGAACGUGGUGACCAUUUUUAGUGCUCCUAACUACUGCUAUCGCUGUGGAAACCAGGCAGCCAUCAUGGAGCUAGACGACACCCUCAAAUACUCUUUCUUGCAGUUUGAUCCAGCGCCUCGCAGAGGAGAGCCCCAUGUAACUCGCCGCACCCCAGACUACUUCUUGUAAACCUGCAGUCUCGACCCGCGCACGGUCCGGUCCGGUCCUGUCCAGAACCACCAACCUAUCUGACUUUGAACUGAAAACAACGUGAUGGAGGCCUGAGAGGCUGCAGUGUUGCACGUUGUGUUUAUCCAAUCUAGUUAAAGCAUUUCGCAAAAGCAAAUGUGUCUAUAAACGGACCAAAAGGUGUGUGCCAUGAUCACUUAAAUAUUUAUUGUAUCUGAAAUGACAAAAUAGAACAUCCUGGAUGUCUCGGCUCCUCCUCCUGUACAUAUGGAGCUGGGUUGACGGCACCAAAGUCCAAGACUAAUUUGCUGCUACAGACCAUGGUUUUUGAGAUUUGAAUGUGAUUUGUUUGCACUUUUGUACAGUUAAAGAAAUGUUAAAUAUGUCAAAAAGAUUAAUACGAUUUCACGCUAUUGAUAGUUUUUUUGUUGUUUAUUUUUAAAUUGCAUGUAAACCUUCAGUUUUUUUUGACCUGUGUAUGUUUUAGGAAAAUCCCUUCUCAUGCAGUCAGAUGGCUUGGUUUAUAGAAAAGAUGGAGUGUUCAUCAACUCACCUGCUUCCUUUUAGCUUCAGACUAUAAUAACCUACUAGAAUAAUAAAGAUGACUUCUUGAA